AGGAAGGUAGAAAAAAGGUUGGUCGAUGUUAGCAAUAAGAAGAAUAGAGAGAGAGAGAGAGAAAAUAAAGAUUUACGUAAUCGGAAGAAUGGGCUGUUCUUCUGUGUUUAUGAAAAGAGUGUUCCACAGAGUGUUCAAUUCCUCAGCGAACACCCUUGUUAGGCCUCUUUCUGGAUAUUAUAGGAUUUCCCCUUUCACCUCCCACACUGAUAAUAACGAUACUGUUACUCCCUCCGACUCGCUUCAGAUCGAUUUAUCCAAUCAAGAGGCCAAAAGACGGUUGUUCAACAGGCUUUUAUAUAGAAGCAAGCAACGAGGUUUCCUCGAACUCGAUUUGGUUCUCGGUAAAUGGGUUGAGGACAAUAUUCACUCCUUGGAUCAUAAUCACAUUCCAUCUCUCAUUUAUCUCCUCGACCUCGAAAAUCCAGAUUUAUGGAAAUGGUUAUCUGGGCAGGAGGAACCCCCAGAAUCAAUAAGCAUUAAUCCUGUCUUUGCUGCAGUUCGAGAAGGAGUUAUGAAGAAUCUUAACAGCCAUUCUGCUCCUGAAACAAGAGCAACACCUGGGCAGCCAUGGGUAAGAGGCUGGGACGAUAACAAGAAAUUUCCGGGCGGCCCAAGCACCGGGAAUCAGUAGCUUGAGAAAAAAUGAUAUUGUCUUGGUAACAAUAAAUGAAUUCUUGUAUACCAUAUUUGUUAUACUAUAAAUAAGGUCUGAAUAACUUGAACUUGUUUGUUGAAGGCAUAUUAGGUACUAGAGAUCAGUAUAAAAGAAAAAAAAAAAGAGUGAAAACUAGAAGCUUGUGGCUUUCACUUUCAUCUAUUAGAUAUUUAUGGUUGGUGGUUACAUAUUAAACCUUUAUAAACAGCAUGUUUUUAUAGCUUAGUAAUAAAACAUUUGAUUAUGGAUUUUUCUUUUCA